CAAAGUAUUGCAAAGUCAACUUUGUGAAAAUUUAUUUAAAGUAUUUAAUAAAUUAAUAAACUAGAUAUGAUGAAAAAAUCAUUAAUAUUUAUGACAUUUCAUUUAAUGGGAUGCAUUAAUUGCUGUGUCAUAGAGACUGAUCGACCGUUAACCGAAGAAGUGAAGAAGAAUUUCAAGUCACCAUGGCUGGUGCUUAUUGUCGACGAAACUAUAACUUCACCAUUUGGCAUCAGUUAUGGCGCUAUUAUAAAAGAAAACAUUGUCUUAACCUCAGCGGAAGCAAUAUUCGAUCACGAUAGUAAUAAUUUAUUAGCUGUGACUGAUUGCGCGAUAGGUGAUUGGAAUGAAGAUCUAAGUCCAGAAUUGUGCGUGUCCAGAAGAACAGAGGAAAUUUUUCCGAAUUAUGAUUCUAAAAAAAACAUUGAAAAUACUGAUUGGGUCAUGUUAAUUUUGGAAGAACCUUUCGAACUGACCAAUGAAAUAAAUACAAUUCCAAUAAUCAAUGAUGAUAAUAUUGAUGAUAUUGAUAAAGACAAUUGUGUGGUUUAUCAGUGGAUGCUUGAAUAUGAUGACUUUUUUGGGGGCAUCAGUUAUGGCGCUAUUAUAAAAGAUAACAUUGUCUUUACCUCAUCAAAAGCAGUAUUAGAUCGCGAUGUUGAUAAUUUAUUGGCUGUGACUGAUUGCGAGAUAAUUGAUUGGAGAGAAGAUUCAAGUCCAAAAUUUUGCGUGUCCAGAAGAACAGCGGGAAUUUAUCCGAAUGAUGCCUCCAAAGAAAACAUAAUAGAUAGUGAUUGGGUCAUGUUAAUUUUAGAAGAACCUUUUGAAAUGACCGAUAGCAUAAAUACAAUUCCAAUGAUAAAUGAUGAUAAUUUUAAUGAUAUUGAUGAAAAUGAUUGUUUGGUUUACCGAUAG